AUGGAUCGAGGCACGGCGAGACGUCUUCAUCCGUGGGAGCGAAUCGACAAUCUGGGUCGGGGCGGCGGUCUAAGGGAGGGCUUGUGCGCCUACUCCUGCCUUGGCGGACUGGAGAAAUCCAGCGCCCUGGUCGACGAGGCUCUCGUUCCAUUACUGGAGUCCGUUCACGGGGAGGACGAGAACGAGUUGAACUAUGUCGAGUGUCUGGUUCUGUCGGGCGCGCUUCAACGACCUCGUAGAUCUCUCGGGAAGCCCUGGUGCGUGAUCUGGAACGCCCUCGCCAGCCGGCAAAAGAUGAUUCCCCUCUGGGCGUUACAGGCCGUACUUGGGGAACGACUGAGCGACGAUUCUCCGCCCUUGGGGCUUCCGUGUAGACUUCGCGGACUUCAUGAACUCCAGGAAUUACAUGAACGUCUCGGUCCCGAGAACGAGAUUGAGGGCGCACCCGUGGACUAG